AUGCCGCCGGCCACCGAACACAACAAGUCUGGUGCUCCGAGAGUGAAUGUCCGCAGCGCGAUAGGCCUGCUACAAAGCUACCACACAGCCAUCGACGGCAAAACGGAUGCGGAAACGUUGAGCCUUGUCGACUACCUUCGACAAGGUCCAGAUCUGCUUGAUGUCAACGAACUGACUAUAGGCGACGUGCACAAGCUAACAGGUCUCUAUCGCGCAGCCGCACAGGAAUACGAUGGCUGUCUGAGUCGACCGUCCGAUGAAGCACCGCUCGGGGUGACAAACAAGGCUCAGAAGAAAACAGAUGCGGGCGGAAAACUGUCACCAGAGGCUGGACGACGACGACCACGCACCCAACAGGCAAGUACCGCAGGCUUUCGGGCAAGAUCGUCAUCCCCAUUGCGAGAGAGUGAAGAGAAGAUCGAGGUAUCAGAUGAAUGGGCGCAGGAGUUCUCCCAAGUCGUACAGGAGAGCGUCAUGGUUGAUCAGCUACCGGGUGGCCUCACAGACGACCCGGCAGAAGACCCCGACGCGCAGUUCUCGGUGGGAAGGAGUUCAGCGAAGCGCCCGCAGCCAGAACUCCAGCCUCAUCUGGAACAAGAUCAAUGCUCGAUCUUCAGUUGUUGA